AUGGUGAACUCCAAGACUAUUAUCUCUUUCUUAGCCCUCUCAGCUCUUGCUGCUGCUCUAACUACCUCCGGAAAAUCUAGCUUUUCUAUCCAACAGGUUGCUAUUCAGAUUCCUCCUAUUCAUCCAGCUAUUCUAUAUGCCCGGGCGCAUGCCAAGUAUGGUGUUGAGGUUCCUCAUAACGUCUCCUUAGCCGCUAGGUCUGCUAAGUUUGACUCUCUUGCCGCCACUCCGUUUCAAAAUGAUGUUGGAUACCUCUGUCCUGUCAAACUUGGUCGCAAUACGUUAAUGCUUGACUUUGACACUGGUUCUUCUAAUUUGUGGGCGUUCACUAAGAACACCCCUGGGGUUGGAUCCCAUAGAACCUAUGACCCGAAUACUGGGAUAUAUCUACCGGAAUAUAGCUGGAGUGUCAGCUACGGUACCGGAUUUAGUGUCUACGGCGAUAUAUACCUAGAUCAAGUUUCUGUUGGUCGCAUUACCUACCAUAAGCAAGCUAUUGGGACUGCUGAAGGCUUUAGACCCCCGGAGUUCGUCAAAGACCAUAGGAUGGUAUUCGAUGGUAUCCUUGGAUUAGCCUUCUCUCAAAUCAAUACAGUUAUACCUGUGCGGCAGAAUACCUUCUAUGAAAAUGUUAAGAAUGACCUUUCUCAGCCUGUCUUUGCUGCUUACCUCAAACACAAAGCUCCUGGUACCUAUGACUUUGGUUUCAUUGAUCACAAAAAACACAAAGGGGAUCUCGUCUGGGUCGAGGUUGAUGCUUCCUAUGGAUUCUGGAAUCUUACUAUUAGUGGAUAUGCUGUUGGCUCUUUUGCUAGUUUUAUCCCUUUCCAUGCUAUUGUUGAUACUGGUACUACCCUUCUCCUCCUUGAGCAAAGGAUUGUCCACGGAUACUAUGGAGAUAUUCCUAGUGCCCAUGAUUCGGAACAUGCCGGUGGAUACAUCUUUAGGUGUAAUGAGAAAAUCCCCGACCUCAUUCUGAUUAUUGGUCACCACCGUGCUGUCAUUCCUGGUGAUCAUAUCAAGUACGAUUCCAAUGGUACUUGGUGCUAUGGUGGUCUCCAGACAAGCCAUCACCCGCACUAUGGUAUUCUUGGUGAUGUCUUCUUAAAGAGCCAGUACGUUGUUUUCAAUAGCAGCAACCUCCAUAAGCCCCGGAUCGGUAUCGCUAACCAGCGUUAA